AUGUACACAAACGGUACGGAAAUUUUGAGAACUGCCAAGAAGGAGGGGGAGGUGAACUGUCUUCAUGGUAUUCGAUUUUUGAGCAUGUGCUGGAUCAUUCUCGGUCAUACUUAUUACUACAUCGGAAAAAGCUUAACCACAGACAAUCUGAUCCCAACGCUGAUCGAUUUUCCCAAACAUUUUUAUACGCAAGUUAUCGUGCAGGCUCCUCUCGCUGUCGAUUCGUUCUUUUUGCUUAGCGGUCUACUGGCUUCAUAUAUCUUCUUUAAAAAAUUGCUAAAAGACAAAACCUUGCGAAAUCCUCGAAAUCCUCUAAUGUGGCUGAUGAUCUACGUCAAACGCUACACUAGGCUUACACCUACUUAUGCUGUAAUAAUGUUGUUCGACGUUACCUUGUUUACCUACGUAUCAUCUGGGCCCUUCUGGGCACCUAUUGAGAAAACAGGAUGUCGUAUAAGCUGGUGGACAAAUUUCAUCUAUAUGAACAAUUUUCUGCUACAGGACAAAGAGUGUGUAGGUGUUAACUUUAUUAGUGUCCAUCUGUGGACCAUCCAGCAAUGGAUACUUUGUGGGUUUAUAAUGUCAUUAGGAACAGGAUCCUGGCGUUAA